AUGUACGGUAACGAGGACUAUCCACCUCCAAAUCGUAAUAACGAAAAUGAAGGUGCAAAUCAACGUGCAAAUCAACGUGCAAAUCAAGGUGCAAAUCAACGUGCAAAUCAAGGUGCAAAUCAAGGUGCAAAUCAAGGUGCAAAUGCAGAUGCAAAUGAAGAUGCAAAUGUAGAUGCAAAUGUAGAUGCAAAUGCAGAUGCAAAUGUAGAUGCAAAUGUAGAUGCAAAUGAAGAUGCAGAUGAAGAAUUGGUUGCAGAUGAAGAAUUGGAUGCAGAUGAAGAAUUGGAUGCAGAUGAAGAAUUGGAUGUAGAAGAAGAAUUGGAUGCAAACGAAGAAUUGGAUGCAGACGAAGAAUUGGAUGCAGACGAAGAAUUGGAUGCAGAUGAAGAAAUGGAUGCAGAUGAAGAAUUGGAUGCAGAUGAAGAAUUGGGUGCAUAUGAAGAAUCGGAUGAAUCAGAUGAAUCAGCUGGAAGUGACUAUCCACCUCCAAAUCGUAAUAACGAAAAUGAAGGUGCAAAUCAAGGUGCAAAUCAACGUGCAAAUCAAGGUGCAAAUCAACGUGCAAAUCAAGGUGCAAAUCAAGGUGCAAAUGAAGAUGCAAAUGUAGAUGCAAAUGAAGAUGCAAAUCAAGGUGCAAAUCAAGGUGCAAAUGCAGAUGCAAAUGAAGAUGCAAAUGUAGAUGCACAUGAAGAUGCAAAUGUAGAUGCAAAUGUAGAUGCAAAUGAAGAUGCAAAUCAAGGUGCAAAUCAAGGUGCAAAUCAAGGUGCAAAUGCAGAUGCAAAUGUAGAUGCAAAUGAAGAUGCAAAUCAAGGUGCAAAUGCAGAUGCAAAUGUAGAUGCAAAUGAAGAUGCAAAUGUAGAUGCAAAUGAAGAUGCAAAUCAAGGUGCAAAUCAAGGUGCAAAUCAAGGUGCAAAUGCAGAUGCAAAUGCUGAUGCAAAUGAAGAUGCAAAUGUAGAUGCAAAUGAAGAUGCAAAUGUAGAUGCAAAUGAAGAUGCAGAUGUAGAUUCGGAUACAGAUGAAGAAUCGGAUGCAGAUGAAGAAUUGGGUGCAUAUGAAGAAUCGGAUGAAUCAGAUGAAUCAGCUGGAAGUGUAAUAAGUUUAUUGUUUCAUAAUUAA